GUUAUAUCGUGAUUUAGUUCAUUUUAAGUGUGAGAAGAGUGUAAGAUUUAGUUAAUAACGUGAUGUUGACGGAACGAAAAAGGCGGAACUCAACUGCGAGGGCAGUGCAGCACCCGGACAGUCUACAGCGCGCACACGCUUGAGUUGUGACUGAAGGCAGAGACGGUUCACAGCAUCUGUUAAAGAUGCCUACUCAAAAAGAAUGCCACAUCUGUAAGGAAAAAAUCGGGGUAGCCAGCAAGACGUGUCAGCACUGUGGUGCCAAGCAGCCUUACAAGCAAAAACUUGAAAAACGCAAGAAAAAAGUUGCCCUUGACUGGAAAGAGAGGCAGAAAAAAAACUGCAGCGUUAACAAAGUAUAUGAUGCAACAAAUCUACUGCUCCACAAGUGGGAACUUUUAGAGCGACAUCCAAUCCUCCUCCUUGCCAGGAGAACUACAAAUGGUUUUUUAGCUGAGUGCUUCUGUCCAUGGCAAAUGGACACAGAAGAUGCUAAGGAUGCCCUCGUCAAUAUAAAGAAGAUUUAUGAAAGUCUUCUUUAUGCUACAGAGCCUCCACUGACCAACAGUACUGUGACUGCAGAGGAAGUGCCGCAGGAGAACCAUGAAUCCUCAACACCAGCAGAGCCUCAAACCAGCGCAGAUACAGAAAAUGAUGUUGGGAACUACUGCUCUGCUCAGACAGACUUCAACAUAUCCAGGAUUAAAGAGGAGCAGGAGGAACUUGGGGAUAACAGUCAAACACAUACAGAAAAUGAUAAUGGGAACUACUGCUUGGUUCAGACAGACUUAAACAUAUCCAGGAUAAAAGAGGAGCAGGAGGAUCUUGAGGAUGACAGUCAAACACAGCAGGUUAUUUUUACUUCUCCUGAAGUUGUGAAAAGUGAGCAAGAUGAGCCCGACACACAAGCGACUUAUGAAAUGCAGCCGGUCUCUUCAGACUGCUCUGAGGAUCAGAGUGAGGAAACUGACAGCGAUGAGGACUGGGUGCAGAGCAAAGGAGCGCAGACAAAGCAGAGGAAACGGAAAGUGAAGGUUUUGCAAAGACAAAAUGGCAGCGUGGAUCAGAUGUCGCCCGAUGGAGAUUCUCCCGCUAAAACUCAAAAAGACCGCAGUUUGUGUCCUGUGUGCGGAAAAGGUUUUCAGUACAUCCGUCCUUUAAUGAAACACAUAAACACACAUAAGACAAAUGAGUCUGCAAAGGAGCUUCUGAGUAAUUUGCAAAGUGCUUGCAGCAAACGCCUCGUUUGUGACGUUUGCGGCAAGACGUUUACAAGCUCCGGUUGCCUACAAAUGCAUUCGAAAAUACACGCAGGAAUUAAAGACUUUAAAUGUCAAGACUGUGGGAAAACGUUUGUCCGGAAAGAGCAUCUGGUUGUGCACGUGAGGACCCAUUCUGGGGUGAGACCAUAUCACUGCGAUAUCUGUGGGAAAGGAUUCAGUCAGAGCCAGAACCUUAGAGUUCACAGGCGGUCACACACGGGAGAGAGACCGUAUUGUUGCAGCUCGUGCGGGAAACUCUUUCACACCAGCGGUCACCUGAAAACACACAUGAAACGUUUUUCAGGAGAAAAACCCUACACCUGCGAUAUUUGUGAUCAGUUUUUUUGUCAGAGGGAACAGCUGACUCAACAUAAGAAUGCACACACAGCAGAGUGACCUCCAACAUGGAGGGAAAGACCCCAGGUUCUGACUAUGGAUAAGAGUAAAGCAGCUUAAAUGCAUCAUUGACGCUUUGCAUUUCAAUGUGCCGUUUUGCUCAAAUGUAUCAUUUAAGAGAAUAAUGCUCCAUCUGUGUUGUUCCACCCAUCUGCUGAAUACUCCACCUUUAAAACUGUGUGAAAACUCUAUUCUCUCUGUACCGAUAUGGAAAAUUAAAGACUUAAUAGCAGUAGUCACUGCAUAUGUAGAUCAUUAUGUUGUUUGUUGAUUUCAAAAUGUACCCGUGAUACUGCAGGAGUCUGAUUUUGCACAGAUGAUGGAAAAAAGUCAGAUGUUAACAAAUGCAGUUUAUCCUGAACUAAGACUGAGGCAAGAACAAAUGUCUGUGCAUGAAGCCAGUUUGGAAUUAAUUAAUUCAUAUCACUUUUUAUCAAUAAAAAAUAGGGCCACUGAUAGGACAGAGCAUGCUUACUUACAUUAAGGGCCAGCGGCUGUCUCACCCUGCUGCUCUACAAGAGUGAUUUCUUUUUCUACAGUUUAGCCAACAGGUGGCAGCAGUCACACCAGAGUCAUUCCGUAUGAGUUUGAGGGGCACAUGAUGCUCACAGCUGUCAGAAACACUAGUUGAUAGAGGGAACCCAUCUACUGCACACCGUCAACAUUAAGCAUGCAGCGACGUUGUUACCUUCACACCUUCCAGCAGCACAGUCCCAGUCUUCAUCUGGCUACCAGUCAUUUCUACUGGGACAAAUGUGAAGUUAACCAACCAGUUUGUCUAAUAAAGGAAAGAAAUGAACCGAAUGUGGUUCUUUAGCUUGAAAACAGAUUAACUGGAUUUUAUUCAGAUCAAUUUAAGAUUGUUUUGUGGUUAAUGGCAACACUUACUACAUAUCUUUUAUAUCGUUUGCCCACAUAGCACCGCCUUCAAACAUCAUGUGAAAACAGGUAAUAUAUGCCACUAAUAAUGGAAAUACAGAUUGGUAACAGCACCAUCAAUUGAUGUGAUUUCAAAACUGCAUGUUAUUUUAUGGAUUCUUGCUUAGGCAGCAAUAAUUAUAGUAAGGAGGAAUCCACUACGUCUAAAUAUAUCCGGACAAUUAUGAGAGAAAACUGCAGCCAAUUAAAUGUUAGUCAUACAAGGCCAGCAGGUUAUUCCCUCUGUGCAUGAUGAUUUCAGAUGAGCAGCAUCCAUAAACAUCCCAAAACUCAAAACCCAGAUGAUGUCCCCUCUUUCCACUUUAAUCUUUCUCUGUCACUCUGCAUGUAUUCCUUUCAACCACAUAUGCAAACUUAAUGAUCACAGGCAAUAGAGAUAGUUUGCAAAUCCCAAUAGUGAGAUGCUUAAUGUGGAAAUCAGUAAAGACUAUUGUCUAAAUAAACCACGUAUAGAUGUCAGGAGUGUUUUGAACAUUUGCCCGCUGUGAUCUAGUAGUGGCUUUUAAAUAAGAGGCUUUUUAGCAGCAACUCAGGCAUGAAUUUUUCCAGGUCGUGCAAUUACAUAAGUCUGCGUACAGGACUGCGGUGUCAGAGAGGGAGAGAGUUGAGCUCAGUCUGUGUUUUGACGCUGAGUGCAGAGGAGAGAGAGAGAGAGAGGACGAGUCGCUCUGUCAACUGACGGCCUCUGAGGUCUAAUCUGGAUUAGAGUGUCGUCCGGUCGGCAACCAGGACUCUAAUAAUCACAUUAUUCUGUAUUGCGUUGACGCCUCCUGACGCGGAAAGGAAGGAGCGAUGUCAAACGGUGGCGACGCUUCUGACGCGCGUAUCUGAAAGCUAAACAGUUAGUUUGAAUGAGGAGAAGGAGUUUUGGGCGAUUUUUGCAACAAAGACUGGACACAAUCUAAGUGAAGUUGAAUGAAUACUUGCUGCCUGCGGCUUGUGGAUGGUGCGCGUCCCCGUGUGCGGCACACCGCACUCUGCAGCAUCUAGACUGAUGACUGCAGCCUGCAUUUGGAGCACAUUUCUGCACAAACCGGCGCCUUCUUUACCGUGGACAUCUUCCAGCCUCUGUCACCGAUAUCACAGUAGCAGCUGGUCAGACAUGUCAGAUUCAGGUACAGCUUCACCAACACUGACCAUGUGAUACCCCAAACACAGCCUAGUGCCAAAUGUGUCAGUCAUCUGGGUCAAGUGGUAGUGUGAGGACAGGGACAGGAUUAAGCACAGGAUCCAAUAUGAUGAACUUUAGGCUAUGACGUUCCAAGACUACAUCAGCACCAUGCUCCAUGUUUUGGAGGACAACUGCUCCAUUCGGUUGACCACAUUCUCAUUAUAGGUCCUGGUUGAUGGCCAGCAUGGAGGAGAGUAAGCUCAUCUUCAGCCUGGACGGCCACGAUGAGGGUCCAACUGUAGCUUUUUCCAAAGACAAACCUCAAGACAGGGAGAGCCGAGCUGAACUCAGCCUGGGAAUGGAUUUGGAACUGAGCCAAAGCCACCGCUCCCAGCCUCUCUUCCUGCCUCACUCCCCCUCCUCUCCAGGAUCUUUAGCUGACCUGUCGGCAUCAUCAGCAGGCCUGCUUGUCACCACCAACCUGGUCAAAUCCUCCUCCACAGAUCUGGAGCCUAGAGAGAGCAGCUCUCUAAGAGGCAAACCUCUGCUCAGCCUGGUCAAGUCCCUGAGCACGGAGAUCUCCCGCCGGGUUGAGCCGGAGGUCAACCUCUCCAAGUCUGACUCUAAGCUGCAUUUGCAUCCUUGGAAACAGCUUACCCAGCCAAAGAUCCCCGAGGCCAGGCCUGAAGCAGGAAGACUGAAUGAGAACGAUGGCUGGGCAUCACCGACAUCCACGGGCAGCUUGUCUCCCACUGAGCCCCGGGGCAGCUCGCUGAUCGCUGAGCUGGAGGACACGCGGAGGAAGUUUUCUGAGGCCAUGCAGGAUCCCCUGAGCAUGCUGAGUAAGAUCAUGGGGGACGAAAGCUCCGGCAGCCCCAAGCAGGGCAGGGCUUCUGGUGUGGGAGAUUCACCAACCUCCCAAGGAAGCAGUGGAAGAGAGGGGGGCAGUGAAGAUGGAGACCUUAAGUACCGGAGGAGACCUGAUGGAGAGCAGAGAAGUGUGCGUGACACUCCUCUUAGAAGACUCCAAAAGGGCUCCUUAAUAAAAUCUUCUGUUUCCCCAGAACAUCACAGCAGAGACAGUAAUUUGGAGAUCCGCACCUAUGGAGACAUGAUUCAGGUGGUGGAGCUCCAGAAUGGAUCCAGAGGGGCACACCAGCGAACUUUCAAACAGUCUCGGGGCAUGAUCCCAGGUUCAUCAUUGCCUCUUCACUGGCUCUUCCCUGUUGGACUUCUAGCUUAUGGGUUCUUUGUGCUGCCCCUACCCUCCUAUGUGACAGGUCUGUCUGUGGGGGUCGCAUGUGGCUUUAUUUUGGGGCUGGUGGUAGUGUUCAUGUUUGCCCCGCGUCGCUCAUCUGCCAGAAGAAACUCUCCUUUCUGCAAGGCCAGGGCCCUGAACAUGGAUCCACUAGAUGGAAAGUGUACAGAUCCAGAAAUCCUUGAGGGCUGGAUGAAUGAGACACAAAUCUACGACCCUGAGAUGUUUCACCCCUCCAUCACGCACUCUGUCUAUGUCACCCUGGAGGGCAGCUGGCUGCGCCUGGCAUACCCACGUGCCAACAUCCCCCGGUGGGCAGCAUUCGACGAGAUGCCCCAUGAGGCCACAUUUUUGCGCUCGUGCACCUACCAGCUGGCUAACUGUAAGGUGUCUCUUGUACCUCCUGGUUUGGCUCGCAAGAGAGUGUGGAACAAGAAAUACCCCAUCUGCAUCACUCUGGCUGAGGGGGAGGUAGGGGAAGAGAGUCUGAUCGAAGGGCAGGAGGAGGAAGAAAGAGCAGAGAGACACACUGUACCAGACCACCAUCUUCCUGUCAUCCUCUAUCUGUUUGGCCGCACAGGAAGAGAGAAGGAGGAGUGGUUCCAGCACUUCCUGUCUGCCUCCAGGGCUGGAGCCAGGAGCAGUGUGAGCAGCAAGGAGAAUACGGACAUGCCGUGUGGUGGAGAUGCCGUUAAAGAAAGCACAGAGGAGCUGCACGAUCUGCUAGGGGCUAUGCGAGCUAGAACGCUCUUGGACUACAGCACCUAUAUGACACAACUGAUUGGCUCAGAGAGUUGCAAUCCCACACCCAGCCCCUGCCACAGUGAUAAAGGAAGCCCCACAACCCACAAAAAGAUUCACAAUGAAGAGCACAGUUCUGGAGGUCAAACUGGAGCUGAGUCAAGUGCAGGGUCAGAGGCAGGGGGGUACUCUGCAGAGGGGCAGCCCACCUGGGUGAACUCCCUGGUGGGCAGGAUCUUCUGGGACUUUCUCCGGGAGAAGUACUGGACCGAUCAGGUGGCGCACAAGAUCCAGAAGAAACUCACCAAGAUCAAGUUGCCGUACUUUAUGAAUGAGCUGACUCUGGCUGAUCUGGACAUGGGCACCUGCCUCCCCCAGGUCCUCAGCACCGCCAAACCUACACUGGAUCGAAGAGGCCUGUGGUUGGAGCUGGAGCUAGUGUACACAGGCUGCCUUCAGAUGACCCUGGAGACUAAGAUGAACCUGUGUAAGCUGGGUAAAGAGGGAGAGGAUGAAGUUCACAGUGUUCCAGAGACCCCACAAGUAGGCUCAAAACCCAGGCUGUGUAUACUGGCUGAUAGUGAUGAAGAGUCAUCCAGCGCAGGCUCGUCUGAUGAAGAGGAAGUCCCUCCUUCUGAGCCCCAGGGGUCUGUGGGAGAUAAGAGCACAGUGGUAGCAGCUGAUGGGCACACUGGUGGCAGCACAAGCAGGAAGAUCCUGAGAUUUGUGGACAAAAUAGCAAAGUCCAAAUACUUUCAGAAGGCCACAGAGAACGAGUACAUCAAGAAGAAGAUAGCUGAGGUGUCCAACAUGCCUCUGAUGCUCAGCGUUGAGGUCCUGGAACUCUCUGGAACUCUGGCCAUCAAUAUCCCACCUCCACCUACUGACAGGAUAUGGUACAGUUUCCAAGUGCCUCCCAGGUUAGACCUUCAUGUGCGUCCCAUGCUCGGGGAGAGGGAGGUCACCUUCACCCAUGUCACUGAGUGGAUUGAGAAAAAACUGCAGUGUGAGUUCCAGAAAGUGUUUGUCAUGCCCAAUAUGGAUGAUUUAUAUCUGCCCCUGAUGACAUCUGGCCUGGACAACCCACCUGCAUCCUGUCAUUCUUCAAUCCACUCCUCAUCCCACCAGUCCUCCAUGGAGUCCCAGGAGUACAUGUCAGAGUAAUGCCCCCUUGAGGCCUUAGAUGGGACAUGCAUGGUGUAAACAUGGCCAUUAUGCAGCUAUUGUCACGAAUCAUGUAAUGGAUUCUAAGGCUGCUGCAGCUGGGCUCAGUGUUGAUCCUGAGUGUGUUCAUUGUAACCAGUGCAGGAUGGGAUGUGUCUUGGCGGCAGGCUAAGCACCGCAGUGAUCUGGAUUGUGAGGAUGGUGCUAAGGUGCCUCUACUGUGAAGAAAAUUGAGCUGUAUCUAUUCUAGCAGCAAUGAGAGGACAUUAAAAACCAGCUUUCCAAAUGUUUUUCUUCAACAUUAACACUGAUAAAAGAUGAAAUACUGAAAACUGGAUGUGUUAACUGCACAAAAACAAGGUGUUGUUGAUGAUUACUGUUUAAAAGAGUUACUGCUUUAACAAACUAUCCAUCCAUCCAUUUUCUAAACCUCUUAUCAUGGUUAUGGUCAUGUGGGGUUGAACAAACUGAAAAACAUGGAGAGUUCUGUUGAACCAAUCUACGUUGGUGCAUGUUGUUUUGGAACAGUCCAGAUGUUCUCGCUUAUUUAUUUCUGAACAAUAAAUAUCUGUUCAAAAAUUGUGUAGCUCUUUUCUUCGAAUGAACUUCAACUGCACACAUGGACAGUUAUUUAAAACUUUAUUGUAUUAUUGCAUGAGAUUAUAAUAAUUUCUCUCAGGCCUCUUCUGGCACAUGCUCGGACAGUGUCUUCAGGGCAUCCUUCUUCAGUGGCCCC